AUGGCCAAAAACUACGAAGUUCCGGACUUCAAUGAAGAUGACUUCUUCGACUGGGCUCUUGAGCCUCUACUACCCGUGCUCUGCGAACAGACACCAUGGGAGCUGAAGGGUAAAACAGCAACACUUAACAAUGCUUUAUAUGCCCCAAUAAUGGAAUACACACUAGAAGCCGUGUCGGACAAGCUAGUCUUGAGGCCACGCGAGGAACAUGCCGAGACGCAGUCUAUGUUUGGUGUCUCCCGGCCGGACGGAUAUCAACAGUGGCCGGGCUACUUGCCGUCUGAGACUCUACUCGAUAAGAAUGCUUCUUACGACUCGAUACCUAGAAAAGUCAUCCUGCCUGAUGGCAGUAGGGGCUUUUUCAAGAUCGUGGGCCGUGGAGAGAAACAUACCAUCGAAACAGAGCUUAAUAAUUAUGAUAGGAUUCGAAUCUCACAACUCCCAAGCUCAGUCCGUAUAUCUCGUCUUCUUGGGUUGGUCCGGGACGAGUGCGAUACAGUGUUUGGUCUGCUUCUCACGUACAUUGACUGCGGAACUGUGACUUUGACCUGUGCCGUUGAGUCGGGCGCGUCGGACUGCCAACGGCAGGAAUGGGUAGCGGAGGUGACACAAAUCAUCUCAUCUUUGCAUAAAAACGGCAUCGUGUGGGGUGAUGCGAAACCGGACAACAUCCUCAUUGAUCAAAACCAGAAUGCCUGGAUUAUUUACUUUGGCGGUGGAUAUUCAGAAGCCUGGGUUCCAAAAGACCUGGCAGGCACCAUGAAUGGUGAUCUUGUGGCCCUUGCCAAGGUGGUUGAUUAUAUCAACGGGGACUUGCCGUUUCAAUCUGAAAAAGCAUCGGGAGGCCAGAUCGAUCAGCCCGCUGCCUAG